AACAGGCUAGGCUAGCUGCGCGGCUAGCUGCUCUCUUCAGUGUGAUUAGUUGAGACGCACCGGCUCCAUCCACGUUACGGUGCUGUUAGGACCGAUCUGACUCUCCCAACAUUCACAAACGGCACAGACGGGGCGCGCACAACAAAGGGACGCAAAGUUUAGCCACAAAAUUAUCAAAUAAGUGAAAAUGAUUAAGCUGUUUUCCCUGAAGCAGCAGAAGAAAGACGAGGAAUCUGCUGGAGGAAACAGAGCCGGAGCCGGGGGAAAGAAAGCCAGCGCGGCCCAGCUUCGAAUACAGAAAGAUAUCAAUGAGCUGAACCUUCCAAAGACGUGUGAGAUCAGCUUCCCCGAUGACGACGACCUGCUCAACUUCAGACUCAUCAUCUCUCCAGACGAGGGCUUUUACAAAGGAGGGAAGUUCGUCUUCAGCUUUAAGGUAGGACAGGGUUACCCCCACGACCCCCCCAAGGUGAAGUGUGAGACCAUGGUGUACCACCCCAACAUCGACCUGGAGGGAAACGUCUGCUUAAACAUCCUCAGAGAGGACUGGAAGCCUGUGUUGACAAUAAACUCCAUCAUCUACGGUCUACAGUAUCUAUUUCUAGAGCCGAAUCCAGAGGACCCGUUGAACAAGGAGGCGGCAGAAGUCCUGCAGACGAACCGGCGGCUCUUCGAGCAGAACGUCCAUCGCUCCCUGAGGGGCGGAUACGUCGGCGCCACCUACUUUGAGAGAUGUCUUAAAUAAGUCGGCAUCCCGUCAUCCUCCAAACAUCUUACCGCCUCCAGUACUCUUCCUCUCCCUCCUUCCUCCCCCUCUCCCCCCCCUCUGUCCUGUCCAUGGAAACGGAGCCGCAGCGACAGGAAGCAGCACGCCGCGAACAAGCCUCUCUGUUUCCCCCAUCCUCCCCCAUGUUUCUCUCUUUUACUUCUCCAACACAUAAUUCAGCUGUUUACACACCGCGGGGGUGGGUGGGUGGGGGGGGGGCUACACCACAGUCUGGACUGGAAAGAGGAGGAAGAGGAGGAGGAUAGGGGAGGUGGUCAGUGAAUGUUGAUCAGGUCAGCCUCACAGCGCUGAUGAUGAUGAAGAUGAUGAUGCCCACAGGAAUUUUCUUUGUUUUUAUUUUGCGUGUGUGGCACCUGACAGGUGAUCAGAAGGACACGCCUCCUCUAUGUCAGCGCCUCCAUCCAUUCGGGACGCAGCCACAAACCAGCAGCAAACUCCAAACAGCAUCCUGAUGUCGCUCACUGGUUGUCAUGGCAACAGAAGCAGGCGCUUCUGCUUGCGCCUUAGUUUUUGUUAAAAAGAGAAAAAAAAAGAAAAAAAUGUUGUUUUUAGCUUGAAGUGAUGCCGUCAAAUCAGGGGGAGGUGCUGGAGGAGUGACUCCACCUUACUAAAAGGAGGAGUUGUAAAGUAGGAGGGGCUUGUCAUUUAUGAGGAAACAAACAUGCCUUAAAAUGCUGUGGAGAGGGCGGGGCUUGAUGCACAUGGGAGGGGCUUGAUGAUGCUUUGAGGAAGUGAAACGGGGCGCGGCGGCGAAGAGACGAAGGAACGGAUCCGUUUGGAGUUUGCUGCUAAAUUACACACACAGGAAGUUAGUGGGGGAGGCAUUGAACAGGUGGGAGGGGCUGUCGAUGGGUGGGGGGUGUUUGUUUAAAAGGGCGGAUGGGUAAACGGGGGGGGGCAGCAUUUGAUUUUUUUUUGGGGGGGGUUGUGAGCAGGUCAGAGGGGAGGGCGUAAAAUGUUCAGAUUUAUUGUGUAUAUGGAAACCCGGCUGUUCACAUUGACUGCAAUAUGAUUUAUGUUGAAUAAAAUAUAAACUUGAAUGAUGAAAAUGGUUGAAAUGACGUCAAAAAAACAAACACA